UUCACAACCAGCAGAGAGUUAAAAAAGUUAUCCCAGAACGCAUUGCGCUGCUGUCAUGGCUGCUCACUUAAGUUGUUUAUAGCACAUGGGUAGAAGCAACAGAAAGAUUAAGUGUACAUUUUAGAAAACGUUAUCAAGUGUCAUAAAUUCUAUACCUUUCUAUUAGGUUUGUGAUUCUGAAAGAAGGAAAUAUCUUGUGACAGGGAAUGUCAGCAUAUCCUGAAAUAUGGUCUGUCGAGCUAGCUGUGCUCAGGGGUUUUCAAACCGCUUCCGAGUUCCAGGAAUCGCUUCAGCACCAGAAGUCUCUGACAGAUAAUGAGGACUUGCUGCAGCUGUUAUUUGAAGGGAAUUUUAAGGCAAUUUUAUUAAGCCAGGCUGUCCAGGAUAUCUUUGUCACACCACUGACUGCAGAGCAAAUUGAUGUUUACCUGGAAAAGCAGAUUUUGACCUAUCUAGACCACUGUGCAGAGGAUGACAGAAUCAAAAGACAGAUGGUGGUGUUUCUGCUUGGAGUGAGCAGCCUGCAGCUAUUUGUUCAGAGUAAUUGGACUGGGCCUCCAGUUUGCAUCCAUCCCCAGGAUUUUCUGCCAUCAACCACUCCAGAGCUGUUUUCUGAGGUCAAAGAUGGAAAAACUGCUGUUAUGAACUUGCUUGUUUUGGAUGGUGAAUCGGUGUAUAGUCUCACAUUUAAUCCAAUCUUGCUGCUUCUAGCCAGAGUGAUCCUUGUAAACUGUAGAAGAAAACUCACAGGUUUUCAGCUAGUGCCAUGGUGGACUUUGCGAUACAUAAACAUUCACCAGCAGUUGUUGGAGGAACGCUCACCUCAGCUGUUUGCUCUUGCCCAAAGCUGUGCAGAAGAAGCCACUGCCAUAGAAACUUUGUUCACUUGUGAAACAUGUCGACAGCUAGCAAUUCAGUGCCAUCUAGAAUGUGGUUACAUCUUUUUAUAUUUCUACGAGUAUAAGAAGGCAAAGGAGCGUUUCAACACAGCCAAGAACCUAACCAAACUGCAGAUUUCAUUGACAGGUGCCUUGGGAAAGCGGACACAUUUUCAGGAAAAAUCUGUAGCACAGCUCGUAUUAGAUGUCCAGCGUGAAGGAGAUGCUGUACUCAGCAGUGAGCUGUCUCCUGCCCCCACUGAUCAAGGGAGCUUACCAAAGAACCAAGAUUUAAAUGAUGAUACAGUAAUGAAUAAGAUCAUAUUGGAGACUCCUGAGCAACACCAGAUUCCUGACCUUUGCGCCGAAGACCUUGCUGUUAUUUUAGGAGUUUGCAUGGAUUUUCAGAAGAAUAACCCUGUUCAUAAACUAACUGAGGAAGAAAUCAUGGCUUUUGUAUCUUGUCUUCUGUCUCAGCCCAAGUUUUGGGCUAUUCAAAUGACAACAUUAAUGCUCAGGACAAAGCUUGAAAAGGGAAGUACUCGUCGAGUUGAACGAGCAAUGUUGCAGACUCAGGCCCUUGCAGACGACUUUGAAGAUAAGAAGACCCCAGUGGUGGAACGACUGAAGGUUUUUUACUGCUGCCCAGUACCUCCACGCUGGGCUGUUCAGCGUCAGCUUGCAAGUUUGCUGUUUGACUUGGGAUGUACUAGUUCUGCUCUGAAAAAUUUUGAAGCAUUGGAAAUGUGGGAAGAUGUGGUCAUCUGCUAUGAAAGAACAGGGCAGCAUGGAAAGGCAGAAGAAAUUUUAAGACAGGAGUUGGAGAAGAAGGAGACGGCCAGUUUGUACUGCUUAUUAGGUGAUGUCCUCCGAGAGCACCAGUAUUAUGACAAGGCCUGGGAGAUCUCUAAUCACCGCAGUGCCCGUGCUCAGCGCUCAAAAGGCCUAUUACAUCUACGCAAUAAGGAGUUUAAAGAAUGUGUUGAAUGCUUUGAACGUUCUGUGAAGAUAAACUUUUUGCAGCUGGGAGUGUGGUUUUCUCUGGGGUGUGCAUACAUUGCUUUAGAAGAUUUCGAAGGUGCUGCUAGAUCAUUCCAGCGCUGUGUGUCCUUGGAGCCUGAUAAUGCUGAAGCUUGGAACAAUCUGUCAAGUGCUUACAUAAAGCUGAAACAAAAAGUCAAGGCUUUUCGGACAUUACAAGAAGCUAUAAAAUGUAACUAUGAACACUGGCAAAUUUGGGAGAAUUAUAUCAUAACAUGCAUUGAUAUUGGAGAGUUUGCAGAAGCUAUUAAAGCAUAUCACCGACUCUUGGAUUUAAGAGAAAAGUACAAAGAUGUGCAGGUCCUUAAAAUCUUGGUGCAAGCUGUAGUGGAUGGAAUUGCUGACCACAGAGGAGAAACAGCAACAAAGCUGAAAAGCAGAUUACAGGAACUAUUUGGCAGAGUGACAGCAAAAGUGACCAAUGAUGCAGAGAUCUGGAAGCUGUAUGCUAAACUGUAUGGCGAUGGUAAAAGUGAAAAUACAGAAGAGAAUGAAAAAGCUCUUCAGUAUUUGGCUAAAGCUCACAGAUGUAAUACCCAGGCAGAUGGAUGGGAUAAAGAUAUGGCCUCAUUUAAGGAAGUUGCUAAAGGAGCAAUUGAACUUGCCUACGUGUCUAUGAAAUGCAGUAAGGCAAAGUCCAGUGCACAAGAAGCCAUUCAGAUUCUGUCAUCUGCUCGUUUGAACCUGCGCAGUUUAGUCUCCAGAGCAAAGCAACUUUAUACAGAUGCAACAACUGCAGAACUUCACACUCAUUUGGCCGAUGAUGUCAAAGCUAUGGAAACCCUGAUUACAGAACUUCAAGAAAUGAGUAAUCUGUGGAAAAACCAAGUAUAAGGUGCAGCAGCUGGACAUGUUUCUAAUUGUAUAAUGAAACCUGCUGCCACUUACAUGUUGCAGUUAUGAGCAUCUCAGUAAAUAUAUCUUAGAAAUGUACUCAAGUCAUUUUUACACCAUCAGCCAAAGCCCUCUACCACAACAGCACUUACAUCUUAGCAACAUACCCAUGAAUGGAUUUACUGAAAUUUGCCCAUAGUGAAAAGGGCUGGAAGACCUGACCAGUGUUUAUUUUGUAAACAAUAGAAAUGCACAGCAAUAUAGCACUACAAGAUACUUUCUAUCAGGAUUUCAUGAAGUAUCUGUGAUGGAAAUCCUUUCCAGAACAUGUUCUGGAUUUCUUCUCAAAUUGUCCAGUGGUAUUUUUCUGUGUUCGGGUUGCACUGGUGAAAACAGAAAAAUGUAGCAUUCAAAUUAUGUUUGCAGCAAAUAAUCCAAAAACAAAUGUGUACUAAAACAGUUUUAUAAAGUACAUUGCGAUGGUUUAAGUUAUAAACACCAUCAUUAAAAUGUACAAAUGUCUGCACGUUACAUUCUGUUUUACUGUUAAAUUUCAUAAAGUACAAGAAGUCCUUUUUGCUAAACAGCAGCAGUCGUUUGGCAUUUAUAUUAAUAAAGUUCAUCUGUUUUGUAUUUA